AACAACAGAACAGCUGAGUAAAUCCCCGGAAACAGGGGCAGGAAAAAAAACAGAGUUGAGCGCAACACCCGCGCGGCGGACACGCCCGGAGCGCCGCCGCGCGAGAUGGCCCCCUACGACGAAGUCUCCUCGUUGUCGUCGGCGGCGGCGACCAGCGCCGCCUCGUCCGCGGACACCGCGGGCGCCCCGGCCUCCCCCUCGCAGUCGUCGUCCAGGCGCGCGGCUCCCACGCUCCUCCUCCUCGCCUCCCUCGCCGCGCUCAUCAUCCUCUCCUCGGGCGACGAUGGCACGGCAAACCCGCUCAAAGAUGUUAGUCUGGAAAAUCCAGAGGUUUCCUUUGUUCCCUCGCCUGUUGGUGGACAAUUUUGUGAGCGGGUCCGUCUAUCUGGAGUGCCAAGGUUACAUCUUGAAAGCUAUGCAAGUCAAAUACGUGUCAAAAUGAAUGUCUCUCAAUCAAUUUCUGAGAAGUUCCAUUGGAAAAUAGAGGUGUGCUUUCAUAGGAACGCCUCUAUGGGUUUAUGCCAAUGUGAGGCGGGUGAAUGGCAAGGUUUUCAAGAUGGCUUAUGGACUGCAGUAAAUUCUCCAUAUGGAAACAAAUAUGUUGAUGUGAAAUUGGCUGAUAAGAAACCAGCUAGGUUCACUCUUUCCAUUCAGGAAGAAUUUCAGAAAUGGCGUUUGGCUUGCCUUGGUAUUGGAUUUCUAUUGCUAUUCCUGUCUCCUACUGUUAGUAAAUGGGCACCCUUUUACUAUAGCAGCUCUAUGGCUCUUGGCAUCCUACUUGUUGUUCUUAUUGUCCUUUUUCAGGGGAUGAAAUUGCUACCAAUGGGGAAGAAAAGUUUAUUUUACUUCACAAUUUAUGGAUCUGUGAUAGGUGUUGGUUCCUAUGUUAUUCACUACUUCUCAACAUUGGUCUCUUCUAUUCUGGAAAACUUCGGCUUCAGUGAAGAGAUGCACAACCCUGUUUCACUCUUCCUGAUGGUAUCAAUUGUCUUGACUGGAGCUGGUUUUGGUUAUUGGAUGGUCAGGAGAUUUAUCCUUUCAAAAGAUGGAAGUGUGGACGCUGGGAUAGCACAAUUUGUUAAAUGGGCUAUGCGUGUUGUUGCUACAUUCUUUGUUAUGCAGAGCACACUUGAUCCUCGUCUAGCAAUGGUUGCUCUUGCUUCUUGCUGGUCGGUUUGUGCUUUGUUGACAGGAAAGAAAGUUCAGAGGCCAACAGCAAAGAAGCAAAAGCUGUCAAAGUUUUCUUCUCAGCUAAUGCUUACUCAAGGAUCACCCAGCAGUCCUCAGGUCCAGUUCUUAAGUCCAUCAUCUAAUGUAGGCUUUGGAAGAACCGCAUCUAGAAGUUCAGCCACACAGUAUGGUUGGAGCAAUUUGGCCAAUGGAGGUCUGGUCUCCUCCCCACUAAGGAAACAGGUAGUACCCAAGCAAGACAAAGACGAAGACUACUACUCCACCUUCCACAAGAUCCAACCGCGAAAAUAUUCUGAGCAAGAAUGGGAGGACUUCACCCAGGAAUCGACCAGGAAAGCACUGGCAGAAUGCACAGCAACCCCAGAGUUUGCCCAGUGGGUUGCGGACAACGCCCACCGGCUGCGAGUAGAGAAAGAUGACGACCACUCCGAGGAGGAGAUCAUUGAGAGCUCCUCGAGCUCCUCGGAGGAAACCGGGGAGGAAGCUGAUGGAGCUCCUGGUCUGUUGAGAUUGUGGAGCUAAGCAUGCCGGUUCAACUUAGAAGGCUUCUAAGCGUAUGCUGCUGCCAUGCACGUGUGAAGAGUAAGGAAGCGGUGAUUGAACUAGUUUAGCAGUAGGGUAGGGUGAUAGCAGUCCAUUGUUUCCACUGUUGUUGCCACGGGUGGUUAGUUCUGCGCGGUGACAGUAGUUGGUACUACAUCUCAGGUUCAUUAGUGGGUUUUACCCGCAAAAAAAAAGGUAGUGCUAGGUUUAGCUGGCUGUCAUUUAUUUGUGGAUUGGUAGUUCUCCGGAACUGAUGCAUCGAAGGGCUUAACCAAUGUAAUGUAUACCGAUUUGACCCACCAGCAGCAAAGAGAAUGCCCUAUUGAAAAGUUA